GACCACAAUACAACAAACUCACUUCAAGCAUCCAUCUCCACUUCUCAAGCAACCAAAAGAAAACAAAAUGUCGGACUCCGAAGAAGACCAAACCGCGCUUGUGUGCGACAACGGUUCAGGAUUAGUGAAAUCUGGUUUCGCCGGUGACGACGCACCUCGUGCCGUCUUCCCGUCCAUCGUUGGCCGACCUAGACAUCAGGGUGUCAUGGUCGGUAUGGGACAAAAAGACAGCUAUGUCGGUGACGAAGCACAAAGUAAGCGAGGUAUCCUUACCUUGAAAUACCCGAUCGAGCACGGUAUCAUCACCAACUGGGACGACAUGGAAAAGAUCUGGCAUCACACUUUCUACAACGAACUCCGUGUUGCUCCCGAAGAACACCCGACUCUGCUUACCGAAGCUCCACUUAACCCAAAGGCCAACCGGGAAAAGAUGACUCAGAUCAUGUUUGAAACCUUCAACGUACCGGCCAUGUACGUCGCCAUCCAAGCCGUGUUGUCGCUCUACGCAUCUGGACGAACAACAGGUAUUGUUAUGGAUGCUGGUGACGGUGUUUCACAUAACGUUCCCAUCUAUGAGGGUUACGCGCUCCCGCACGCCAUCGCCCGGUUGGAUUUAGCCGGACGAGAUCUGACCGAUUAUUUAAUGAAGAUCUUGACAGAGCGAGGAUAUUCCUUCGUCACAACAGCCGAGCGUGAAAUCGUCCGUGACAUCAAAGAGAAGCUUUGUUACGUGGCGCUCGACUUCGAGCAGGAGAUGGCCACCGCAGCAUCCUCCACCUCCCUAGAGAAGAGCUACGAACUUCCCGAUGGUCAAGUCAUCACCAUCGGAAACGAGAGGUUCCGAUGCCCGGAGACUCUCUUCCAACCUUCGUUUAUCGGUAUGGAAUCUGCUGGAAUCCACGAGACCACCUACAACUCCAUCAUGAAGUGCGACAUCGACAUCCGAAAGGAUCUUUACGCCAACAACGUCCUCUCCGGAGGUACAACCAUGUACCCUGGUAUCGCUGACAGAAUGCAGAAGGAAAUCACUGCUCUUGCUCCCAGCACCAUGAAGAUCAAAAUCAUUGCUCCUCCAGAGAGGAAAUACUCGGUCUGGAUCGGAGGAUCCAUCCUCGCAUCUCUCUCCACCUUCCAACAGAUGUGGAUCACCAAACAAGAAUACGACGAAGCCGGCCCAUCCAUCGUCCACAGAAAAUGUUUCUAGAUUAUAAACUUUGACACAACCCCCUCCAGCAUAUGGGCUUAUUUAAAUAAAACAUUUCUACACGAA